UCUUCUACUCAGAACGUCACACACCGCUGACGCGCGGUUUGAAAAGUUGUUUCUUGCGGCCGCUCCUUUGGAUCUUGUUAUUCGAUUGCAUGUUUUACGAAUCCAAAAGUUGGCGGAAGUCUGACGAGCCGCAAGGGCGAUGCGGACGGCCGCGUGCGUGACGCGCGUCGGUCACGAGUAACUCUCUCUCGCCUUUUCAUGCAAAUGUCCUCCCGCGCCUUGUGAUUGGUGAGCGGCGCGGAGGUGUCGUCCGGGGGUGGGGGGGGGGCGGUCACGCGGAUGGCGUGCGGCUUUAUGAGCGAAGCGUGCCCACCUCCCCUUUCGCACUUCGCACAGCUCGCUCACUUGUCGCCGGCGGGACGGUGCUGCGGUCGCGUUUGGAUGAAGGCUUUGCGGGGAGCGGGCGAGCGGCAUUCCAAGGAGGGCGCGAGCAUUUGCCGAGAGGGCGUCUGAAAGGCGGAGAUGAGCGGCGAGGCGCACUCGCAUUUGGGAGCGCAGAAGCAGCCCCCCGUGAAUUUCGUGGGCGACUUGGACUUGAGCAAGUUGGGCGUGAAGAGGGAGGCGAUGCAGGCGAUGGAGCGCUCCCUGAGCGGCCCGUGCAAGCAGCUCCACAGAGCGGACUCGCUGUGCUCCACCCCCGGGAGCACGCCCGGCAACUCGGCGCCCUCGUCGCCCAACCUGGGUGCCGGCGACGACCCCUUUUGGAUCCCCGACAACGGGGCUUACCCGCCGCCUCAGAUGUACCCGCAAGCGUUCGGGCUGAGCCCCGAGGACGCUGUGGAGGCCCUGCUCGGGGCCGCGACGCAGCGGGGACACCCGCCCGCGCCUCACGCUCACCACCAGCAGCAGCAGCAGCAGCAGCAGCAGCAGGCGCCCUUCCCGCUUGAGUACGACGGCUACCACCGGUUCGGCGACAGCGGCCACCACUACUCGCAGCUCGUCGCAGCGCCCCCCGAAAUGCUCCCGGGCGGCCAGUGCCCGGACCCCUUCUUCAAGGAGGACGCGGGCGGCGCCCCCCCGCCGUCUCCCGGGGAAGUGGGCGUCGCGCAGCACCGGCGAAGCGACGCCGAAUGCCACUUCUCUGACGACCAGCUGGUGUCCAUGUCGGUGAGGGAGCUGAACCGGCUGCUGCGGGGCCUCGGCAAGGACGAAGUGGCGCGCCUGAAGCAGAAGCGGCGGACCCUGAAAAACCGAGGCUACGCGCAGUCGUGCCGCUACAAGCGCGUCCAGCAGAAACACCUCCUGGAGCACGAGAAGACCAGCCUGGCGUCGCAGGUCGAGCAGCUCCAGCGCCAACUGAGCGGCCUGGUGCGGGAGCGGGACGCCUACAAAGUCAAAUGCGAGAAACUGGCCGGCGCCGGCGGCUACCGCGAAAGCGGCUCCACCAGCGACAGCCCUUCCUCGCCAGAGUAUUUCAUGUGAAACUUGCCUUUCAAACCGAUCGCGCCCGAUCCAUCGACGAGCCCGAGCGAGCGUGCUUGCGGGACAUGUGUGAGCGGAUCCUCACAUCGGGACGGGGGGGAGGGGGGGCUGGAAAUCGCACACUUGAAAUCACUCCCGCGGCUUGAUUCAAUUCCCCGGACACUUUUCCUGAUUUUGCUCUUGCUCGGACUUGUUUCUUUUCUUAGCGCCUCGCCAAUGAGGCAGCGCUAAUUCUGCUGGACGGAUGUCAAAUUGACUUGCUUGACUUUUUCUUUUUUUUUUUUAAGGAGACCCAAUUAUGCAAAAUGAUUUCGUGUCUUUUCAUAUGCUCUGGAUCAAUAAAAUGAUGAUGAUUUUUUUCUA